GUACCAUUAAAGUGUAAAUCGUUGUGAAAGUGAACUAAAGUGAAAUAUGUCUGAUUCAGCAGUUGCCACAAUCGCCUCUCCCGUGACUGCCACACCAGCUGCAGCCGAGAAGAAGGUGGCCACCAAGAAGGCAGCAUCAGGAUUGAAGGCAAAGAGGACAACAGCUGGAGCAUCACACCCGCCAACUCAGCAAAUGGUAGAUGCUUCGAUAAAAAACUUGAAGGAGCGUGGUGGCUCAUCGCUUCUGGCAAUUAAGAAAUACAUUAGUGCCACCUACAAGUGCGAUGCCCAGAAACUAGCACCGUUCAUUAAGAAGUACUUGAGGACUGCAGUUGCAAGUGGAAAGCUGGUCCAAACAAAGGGCAAGGGUGCAUCUGGUUCGUUUAAACUGUCUGCAUCAGCCAAAAAAGAGCCGAAGCCAAAGGCUUCUCCUCUGGAGAAGAAAACCACAGCAGCAUCAGCAGCAGCAGCAGCUAAAAAGAAGAAAUCAGCUACAGUUGACAAGAAGAAGCCAUCAAAGGUAGCCACCGCCAGCAAAAAGAGCGCUGAGAAAUCGAAGGCAGAUAAGGCAAAAGCAAAAGCAAAGGCAAAGGCAGUAGCAAAGGAUGCUAAGAAAACGGGUACAGUAAAGGCUAAACCCACCACAGCAGAUGCAAAAGCAAAGGCAAAGGCCAAACAAAGCGCAGCAAAGGCAAAGACGCCAAAGCCCAAGACACAAGCCACAAGUGCUAAGCCAAAGCAGGCAAAGGCAGUAGCAAAGCCAGCGACACCGAAAAAAGCUUCUGCCAAGAAGCCGAAGGCCGCCAAGAAGUAAAAAAACACUCUUAAUCAGAGUAGAAGUGAAAUUCGGAAUUUCUUAAUUGUGAAAUUCGCCUUCGCAUUUUAACAAAGCCCUUUUCAGGGCUACAA